ACAACGGGGAGUCGCAGUCGGAGCGUGUUUCAGCUGUGAUUAAACAACAAUGUCUGCAGUUGAGUGUUUGAGACAGUUUGUCAGCCAGCGACUAACUGCUGCCGCUGAAGAAAUAUGUGGAGUUUUUGUGAAAACUGUCAUCGAGUACGAGGAAGAGAUCGACCGUCAGCGAAAACUGUUGGAUUUAAUCUGGAAACCAGAAAUAAAGUUGCACAGGAUAGAGCUCCCACAGCAACAUGUCUGUCAGGAGGAGGAGGUUCUUGCUGACCAGCAGCUCUGUAUUGAGGAGAGGAACUCCAGUCUGGACCAGGAGGACCCAGAUCCUCCACAGCUCAAAGAGGAACAGCAGGAACUCUGCAUCAGUCAGACUGUGAGCCUCCGUAUCGAUGAAACUCAGAGUGUGGUGGAGGAGAAACCUGCAGAGAGCCAAGAUCAGAAAGGAGGCCAGCAUGGGGACUCAGGAUCAACCAGAAAUGCAGAACCAGAACUCAAGAAGACACAUGAUAAACACAACAGUCACUGUAAUGAUGUAAACAACCCUGACUUACCAGAGAUUCCCCCUGAAACUCACACAGGUAAAAAGUCUGUCAGAUGUGACACAUGUGGAAAAUGUUUUCGGUAUAAUUACUUAUUGCAGCAACACAUGAGAACCCACACAGGUGAGAAGCCGUACCUUUGCAAGACCUGCGGGAGAAGAUUUAGUUUAAAACAAACACUGACCAGUCAUACAAGAAUAUGCAAAGAUGUGAAGCUGUACACUUGUAAAACAUGCGGGAAAGAUUUUACAUCUAACAGUAGCUUGACAGUCCACAUGAGAGCAGCACACCCAGGUGAGAAGCCGUUCCUUUGCACGACCUGUGGGAAAAGAUUUGGUGAGCUAAGAUCACUGAAAUAUCAUACAAGAACUCACACAGGUGAGAAGCCGUACCUUUGCAACACCUGUGGGAAAAGAUUUAAUCGGCAAUCAACACUGUUGUAUCAUAUGAGAAUCCACACGGGUGAGAAGCCGUACACUUGCAAAACAUGUGGGAAAGACUUCGUAUGUAAAAGCCGAUUGACAAAUCACAUGGAAAUCCACACAGUUGAGAAACCAUAUCCUUGCAAAAGUUGUGGGAAAGCUUUCACAACUAAAUGUUACUUGACACUCCACAUGAUAACCCACAGAGAAGAGAAGCCGUUCAUUUGUAAAACAUGUGGGAAAGGUUUCAAAUGUAACAACAGAUUGAAAAUACACACGAGAACCCACUCAGGUGAGAAACGAUAUUCUUGCAAAACCUGUGGGAAAAAAAUAGCAAAUAGCGGUUAUUUGAAAAUCCACAUGAGAAUCCACACAGGUGAGAAGCCGUUCGUUUGCCAGAUAUGUGGGAAAGGAUUCUGUGAAAAGUCACCAUUCACAAGGCAUUUAAGAGUACAUGCAGAUAAGUAACUUUCUGUUUGGAUCCACACAAGUGAGGAGCCACACAAUUUCAUCUCUUGUGGAAAUGUUUUUUUUUUUUCUUUUAAAUCGCAUUCUUGCAUUUGAAGAUGAACACACAGGAGAACCCACCAGGCUCCUUUGGAGACAACUAUUGCAAUAGCUUCAUCAUUGUAACUAAAUGUAAAGAUUUUUUCUACAAAGAUGAGAUGUCACUAUCUUUGUGUAAAGGUUUGCUUCAUAUGAGUUUGUUACUAUUCUAUUUUUGUUGCCAAACAGUGUUUAUUUGAAACAAUUCUAAACUCCCAAAUCAAGAAAAACAUUAAUUUCACAAUGAGUGUGCCUGUUAAAGUAAUGGUGUAAUCUUGAUGGUUAUUGUUUUUGCCAAAUGUCAAUUUAUGUUGUCAUUAUUAUUUUUUUUUUUAACUUUAACAAUGACUUUAAAUCCAUGUACUUCAUUUUUUAUUUGGUAGUUGCCUUUUACAUUUCUUUGCAAGAAGUCAGAUUUUUAUGGAAGUUUUUGCUGUCGUAAUAAAUUACCUCAUUCAUGUCUGGCCAAAUGUAGCAUUUUGAUUAUGUCAUUAGUUUUUGGUUAAUGCCAAAUACUUUUAGAGAAACUGCUAACAAUUAAAAGUGGAAUAAACCCUG